GCGAGGCGGGGACGUGGUGGGCGGGGCCUAGAAAGGCGGGGCCUUUGGGGGCGGCGGCCCCGGGGCGGGCCCCGCCGGUGCAAGGGCUGCCGGCACAGCUCCGAAGCGUCUAGAGCGCGGCGCGGGGCAGGAUCUUGGUGGACCAGGAGCAGCAGCGCAUCCUCCUGCGACUCCGGGGCCAGACGCCCACUCCAGCGCUUUCUGCGCAGCACAGGCACCCUUGCCUGUCACGCCUCCCUCUCCUCUUCCCGUCUCCCAGCGUGGAUGAGGGCGCUUGCAGAUCCCGGCUGGGGCACUGGCCACCUAGGCCGAGAUUUCUUUAAAGCCUCAUGGAACACAUCAUUAUCGCUGGAUGCCCGGACACUUAAUACACCUGACAGCAGGUGAAGUGCUCAGAAUGGGACAGGAUGUCACCUGGAAUCAGCACUAAGUGAUUCAGACUGUCCUUACUUUUAAAUGAUGCCGUUGCAGCUCUGAUAAAUGCAAACUGACAACCUUCAAGGUCACAACGGAGGAAAAAAUCACUGGUGCUUGAGCAUAGAAGACUGCCCUUCACAACGAAAAUCCCUGAUUAUUGUUUGAAAUGCUGAGGAAGUUGCUGCGAAGGAGACUUUUUUCUUAUCCCACUAAAUACUACUUUGUGGUUCUUAUUUUUUCCCUAAUCACCUUCUCCGUUUUAAGGAUUCAUCAAAAGCCUGAAUUUGUAAGUGUCAGACACUUGGAGCUUGCUGGGGAGAAUCCUAGUAGUGAUAUUAAUUGCACCAAAGUUUUACAGGGUGAUGUAAAUGAAAUCCAAAAGGUAAAGCUUGAGAUCCUAACAGUGAAAUUUAAAAAGCGCCCUCGGUGGACACCUGACGACUAUAUAAACAUGACCAGUGACUGUACUUCUUUCAUCAAGAGACGCAAAUAUAUUGUAGAACCCCUUAGUAAAGAAGAGGCAGAGUUUCCAAUAGCAUAUUCUAUAGUGGUUCAUCACAAGAUUGAAAUGCUUGACAGGCUGCUGAGGGCCAUCUAUAUGCCUCAGAAUUUCUAUUGCAUUCAUGUGGACACAAAAUCCGAGGAUUCCUAUUUAGCUGCAGUGACAGGCAUCGCUUCCUGUUUCAGUAAUGUCUUUGUGGCCAGCCGAUUGGAGAGUGUGGUUUAUGCAUCGUGGAGCCGGGUUCAGGCUGACCUUAACUGCAUGAAGGACCUCUAUGCAAUGAGUGCAAACUGGAAGUACUUGAUAAAUCUUUGUGGUAUGGAUUUUCCUAUUAAAACCAACCUAGAAAUUGUCAGGAAGCUGAAGUUGUUAAUGGGAGAAAACAGCCUGGAAACGGAGAGGAUGCCAUCCCAUAAAGAAGAAAGGUGGAAAAAGCGGUAUGAGGUCAUUAAUGGAAAGCUGACAAACACAGGGACUGUCAAAAUGCUUCCUCCGCUCGAAACACCUCUUUUUUCUGGCAGUGCCUACUUUGUGGUCAGUAGAGAGUAUGUGGGGUAUGUACUACAGAAUGAAAAACUCCAAAAGUUUAUGGAGUGGGCGCAAGACACAUACAGCCCUGAUGAGUAUCUCUGGGCCACCAUCCAGAGGAUUCCUGAAGUCCCGGGCUCACUUUCUGCCAGCCAUAAGUACGAUUUGUCUGACAUGCAAGCAGUUGCCAGGUUUGUCAAGUGGCAAUACUUUGAGGGUGAUGUUUCCAAGGGUGCCCCCUACCCUCCCUGCGAUGGGGUCCACGUGCGCUCGGUGUGCAUUUUUGGAGCUGGUGACUUGAACUGGAUGCUGCGCAACCACCACUUGUUUGCCAAUAAGUUUGACGUGGAUGUUGACCUCUUUGCCAUCCAGUGUUUGGAUGAGCAUUUGAGGCAUAAAGCUUUGGAGACAUUAAAACACUGACCAUUACAGGCAACUUUAUGAAUAAUAAGAAGGAUACACAAAACGUACCCUUAUCUGUUUCCCCUUCCUUGUCAGUGAGCAUCGGGAAGAUGGUAUGAGCUCCUCUUUGGGGCGGGGACUCUAGAUCUUCUUGUCAGAGAAGCUGCAUGGUUUCUGCAGAGCACCAUUAGCUAGAAAAGUGAUAACAUUAAAUGCUCAUCUAGAGUUAAUGAUGGGAGGGGUAAAGGUAGCCUUGAGGCCAGAGCAGGUAGCAAGGCAUUCUGGAAAGAGGGGACCAGGGUGGAUGGCGAAGAGGCCGGUGCAUAAAGUCAGCCUGUUCAAAGUGCUCAGGGACUUAGCAAAAUGAGAAGAUGUGACCUGUGCCAAAACUAUUUUGAGAAUUUAAAAUGUGACCAUUUUUCUGGUAUGAAUAAACUUACAGCAACAAAUAAUCAAGGAUACAGUUAAUCUGAUGUUAUAUUUGUUGAAAUGGAAAUUUGAUUUUACUCUAAGUGAUUUUUGUAAAUGAUUUAUUUUCUGCUCUAAUACUGUACUGUGUAGUUUGUCUCUGUAUGUCAUCUCAGGGAGCUUAAAAUGGGCUUGAUUUAA